UAUUAUUUGCGACAAAUUAAGUACAAUUUAUCAAUUAUCUAGUGUGGUUGAACUUCUCUUGUUUAAAUUUUUCAUUUUCAGUUUGUGAAGGAAGUUUUUACACGUAAGAAGCUUGUCCUCUGAGAAAUGCUCAUAGUGUGCUAAUUCAACGUAUAAUAAUGAGUUAGCUAUGGAUUUAAACCAAAUCCAAUUCGCUCUGCGUUGUUGCGUACGCUUUCAAGCAAUUAAACAAGCAAAGUCACUCCAUUCCUACAUAAUUAAAUCCGGCCAUUUCAAUAACCUUUUUAUCUUAAACAACAUGAUCUCUGUUUAUGCAAAGUGUUCAAGUUUCUACGAUGCACGUAACCUAUUCGACGAAAUGCCUCAUAGAAACAUAAUUUCUUGGACAACAAUGGUCUCUGCAUUCACUAAUUCUGGCAUGCCCCACGAAGCUCUAAAUCUUUACAACCAGAUGCUGGAAUCUAAAACAGAACAACCUAAUCACUUUUUGUACUCUGCGGUUCUUAAAGCUUGUGGUCUUGUGAGAAAUGUUGAAUUGGGCAAGUUGGUUCAUUACCGAAUUUUUCAAUCUAAGUUAGAUAUUGAUACUGUUUUGAUGAAUGCCCUUUUGGAUAUGUACGUCAAAUGUGGUAGUUUGAAAGCUGCCCAACAAGUUUUCUAUGAAAUCAAGUGUAAAAAUGCUACUUCAUGGAACACCCUCAUUUUGGGACAUGCUAAACAAGGUUUGAUUGGUGAUGCGAUGAAACUGCUAGAUAAAAUGCCGGAACCAGAUAUUGUAUCUUGGAACAGCAUCGUUGCUGGUCUUGUAGAUAGUGCUAGUCCUCAUGCGUUGCAAUUUGUUUCGAUGAUGCACAUGAAGGACCUUAAAUUGGAUGAAUUCACAUUGCCAAGUGCCCUCAAAGCUUGUGGUUUUAGUGGUGAAUUAACGUUAGGAAGACAGAUUCAUUGUUGUAUUAUUAAGGCAGGGUUUGAGUCUAGCUGUUUUUGUAUAUCGGCGUUGAUUGAUAUGUAUUCGAUUUGCAAGCUAUUGGGCAAAGCAAUGAAGAUUUUUUAUCAAUUCUUUAGGAAUUCUCCUGUUUCUGAAAGCUUUGCACUUUGGAAUUCUAUGCUUUCUGGGUAUGUUGCCAAUGGAGAUUAUGUUGAAGCACUCCGUCUGAUUUCUCAUAUGCAUCAUUCUGGUGUACACUUUGAUCUUUAUACCUUUAGUAUUGCUUUGAAGAUCUGUGUCAACUUCACUAACCCGAGUUUGGCAUCUCAAGUGCAUGGAUUGGUCAUCACUAGUGGCUAUGAGUUAGAUUGUAUUGUUGGGAGCAUUCUUAUUGAUCUAUAUGCAAAACAGGGCAAUAUUAACAAUGCAUUAAGAUUGUUUGAGAGGUUGCCAGAUAAAGAUGUUGUAGCUUGGUCUAGUUUGAUUGCUGGUUGUGCUAGAUUCGGUUCAGAUAAAUUAGCUUUUUCCCUUUUCAUGGACAUGUUUCAUUUGGGUCUUCAGAUUGACCAUUUUGUUGUUUCAAUUGUUCUAAAAGCUUGUUCAAGUUUGGCAUCUCAUCAACGUGGCAAGCAAGUUCAUGCUUUAUGUCUAAAGAAGGGGUAUGCAUCCGAGAGAGUAAUUACAACUGCUCUAAUCGAUAUGUAUGCAAAAUGUGGUGACAUCGAGGAUGCCUUAGCUUUGUUUGGUUGUCUCUUGGAAAUCGAUACCAUGAGUUGGACAGGUAUUAUUGUGGGAUGUGCACAAAAUGGAAGAGCAGAUGAGGCAAUUAGUCUUCUGCAUAAGAUGAUAGAAUCUGGUACACUGCCAAACAAAAUCACCAUUCUAGGUGUUCUUACUGCUUGUAGGCAUGCUGGCCUCGUUGAAGAGGCAUGGGCUGUGUUUAAUUCUAUUGAAACAAAGCACGGAUUGAUGCCGUGCCCAGAACAUUAUAACUGUAUGGUUGAUAUUCUUGGUCAAGCAGGACGUUUUGAAGAAGCGGGGAAAUUGAUUUGUGAAAUGCCAUUUAAGCCCGACAAAACUAUAUGGUCUUCCUUGCUUAGUGCCUGUGGAACUUACAAGAACCGACAUCUUGCAAAGAUUGUUGCUGAGCAUCUCCUUGCUACCUCGCCAGAAGAUGUUUCUGUAUACAUAAUGGCGUCAAAUGUUUAUGCAUCUCUUGGAAUGUGGGAUAGUUUGAGCAAAGUCAGAGAAGCUGUAAAAAAAGUAGGGAGAAAAGGAGCUGGAAAAAGCUGGAUUGAGAUCUCAAGUUGAGAAUGCUGGUUUGGCGCAUAGCUUAACCUUCUCAAUAAGAUAUUUCCAGAUGAGUCACUUAUCAUUCUAGCUUAUACGGAAUGACAUAUGAUUGAAGCCUGAAUUUGAAAGACAGUCUUCAUGUUUCGGUAAUGACAUAAGUUCAGUUAGAAGGUUAAAGCACAGAAGUAUCAAAUUUUAAACAACUUUUAGAUGGAAGAAACUACACUGAAGAACACAAGAUUAAGUGCAACGAAUGCAGCAGUUCAAUCUGAUAAGCUUGUAAAUGCUGCUAUUUCCAUGAGGAAGAAACUACACUGAAGAACAAAAGAUUAAGUGCAAUGAAUGCAGCAUUUCAAUGCCAUGAGGUUUCUCUUUCCAUUCAAAAUAACUUACUGCAGCAGUUCAUUGCACUUCUUUGAAUCUCCUUAAGCCUGCCGGCUAUUGCCAUGAGGUUUCACACAUAAAUGGUUUGAAACUGUUCUGAUUUCUCCUCCCUACUGAAAACAUACGUCAAAUGAGUUUUCAGUUUUCUAUUGAAUUCCAUGUAAAGGUUCUACUUCAUGAAUUCUUUCUGGGACAUGGUGAAGCAGCUAUGCAAGGUUUGAUUGGUGGUGUGCUGAGACUGAUUUAUGAAAUACUUGAACCAGAUCUUGUAUCUUGGAACAGCAUUGUUGCUGGUCUUGCGGAUAAUGUUAGCCCGCAUGAAUUGCAAUUUGUUUCAUGAUGCACAUGAAGGGCUUAAAACUUGCCUGAUAAGCUUGUUCAAUCUGAAUGCAGUAGUUCAGUCCGAAAAGCUUGUUAUACAAACUGCUGACGCCAGGAGGUUUCAGUUUCACACAUCCAAUUUUUGCAUCACCCGACAAAAAUUAGAGGUAAGUUCAAUUGUACUUUCAAUAGUAUUUAUACUGCUUGUGAUUUUUACCACUUCUCUUUUUACUUUUCAGCUUCAUAUUAACCACAUAACGAUUAACCAUAUGUCACAUACUUCUUCUAUUAACAUCUUUUUGUGAUAAGCUUUCUUGAAAGUGGUUUAGAGUCUCCUUUCGCAAGCACAAAUUUUAAACGCCCGUCAAAUCUGAAGCCACAAUAUGUAGUUUGGAAGGAACCACGAAAAAAUACACUGGGAUGCGAGAAUUUGGGCAGCUGACAUAAUUCCAAUCUUACGGGAACUCAAAUUUGGUCAAUAUCAGAGAAGUCAUCAGGUCUCAGCUCAUCUUUUAGCUUGGUUGAGCAGCUUGACAUUCUCGAUGUUUCUUUGAAAAGUUUCAUUCUGAUGAGCAUGUGGUUGAGCCUCCACUAGGCAGCACAGAAUCAUGGUUGGGGGGGGUGUUCGCAUUUCGCAAACACCUCCAGGUAUGCCUACCACUUUUAUUAUUAUUAUUCGAUCAGAAGGGAAUUUUGAUUACACUGUCAGAGGGAAGGGAAACAGUCAUAAAACACCGCUGCAACAGUUUUUCAAAACCACAGAUCUUUUGUUAUCUUUUCAUCAUUAUGUUUCUGUACUUUUACAGUCAUUUGUACGAAAAGUUAAAAAAUGGGGGGCCACUUCAUUAUGAUUUUGACGUUAUGUAUUAAGCUUGGCCUUCAAUGGAAUUGUAUCUAGGAUUGAUGAUUAUCUUUGGUCUUUCCAAGCCAUGCUGUUAGUAACAAGUUAAACGACUAUUACCUUA